GAACCCCCCCUCCCCCUCUCAUCUUUGCACACCGCACCUACUGCGAACUAGUCUGCACGCUGUUGCUCAUCUCUCCAAUACCGACGUUCUCAAUCGGGAUCGAUACUGGCGUUUCUGCUGACCGACAAAGAUGAACCCUGACGGUUCUUGUUCGCACCUUUACGAGAUAGGGGAUCAAGACAGGAACGAUGUGUUGAAGAACUACAGAAAAGUUAUGAGUUGGUCCAUGAGCGAGGACAUGAUGAUCGAUGUGUCCAUCCACAACGGAUCUCUUACGACCUUUCCAUCGUGCGGUCUCUGUAGCCGUGCCACCGUUCGGCCCUCUGUGUGCCUGCAAUGUAAAAUGCAACUCUGCAGAGUCUCGAGCACGCUCACGUCGCCGGGAAACAAACGCAAGCGCGGUCAGGACUGUAUGAGAGGGCAUUUCCGGGCGACGGGACAUAGUCUAGCGGUCGACAGUUCGACCGGAUCGGUUUGGUGUCACGCAUGCCAGGAUUGGGUGUACGCUUUAGCUUUCGAGGGCGCUCUCGGUCGAGUACGACGCCUACAAGAGGAGCGUCUAGACCCGAGUGUCGGCGAGAAUGGACAUUCGCAACGGGUCCGUUACAAGAACCCUAAACCUACCGAGAUGCCUUUACCGGCGAAUCUUGGAUUCGCCCAGAUUCGCUGUCACUGUCGGUACACGUAGCUACCACUUUGAGCAAGCCGCACGACGCUCAUCACGUCGACGCACGUCUCGCAGCUGUCAAACCCCUUCUUAACCUUUCUCAGACGUGCUUCCUCUCGGCGAUCUUGCAAGCUCUACUGCACAACCCACUUUGGAAGCAGUACUACCUUUCUUCGGGUCACGAUCG